UCCAGUUGUUCCUACAUCUCUGUCAUUAAAACCACCCUUUAACCUCCAAUGUUCCUGGCGGCACACGCUUCAUCUACCUCCUCUUCAUUGACCACCUGCUCUUCCGCGCACCAGAGACUCACUGCUUUCUUCCCCACUAAACCCUAAUUUAUUUUCAUUGACAUUGUUUUGCCAUUCUUCCAUAUGAAUUUCCUUUUGUUCCAGAGCUUCGUCUUAAGAUCCAUUUGGAAUGGGAGGCAGAUGAGGGUUUCUAAAAGAUCAAUGAUCAUGUGUUUGGAGAAAUAAAUACUCAAUGAAUGUUUGAUGGUGUGAUUCGAUUUCUUGAGAGGACUUUUGGCCUCUGAUGCUUGUACUGAAGGGUUUAACUAAGUGUGCGUGGCGGAAUCUAAGCUUGUCACGUGCAGUUUUUCGAGUUAACUUUUUGCCAUCCAUUUCCAACAUGUCGAGCCUACAAGAACCAAUUAGUUUUGACACAUUGCCAACUCUGAGAGAUGUGAGUAGGCUUCGGAGGUUCGCAUCCAGUGAUUGCAGCCAAAGAUUUGAUGAAGGAGAAUCUGGAAAUUGCUUAGCUGAAGAAAGGGCUUGUUGUUCUUCUAAUGGUUGCAUUGACGAGUAUACAGGAGACAACUUCCCAUGGAGAAGACGAACAAGGGACAUUUUUCGAGGAGAACCAUUGCAUUCAAGGAACUGCCAUAGUAGAAAGUGCAUGCAGAUUUCUGAUCGUAUUUGUGAUACAUGGUUCCUUCAAGAUCGUCAAUACAGUGUGCCAUGUGCUGACAAAGAAAUACGGGACCUAACAAACAAGGUUUGCUUUUUACGGGGCAUACCAAAAUAUGUGAAAAUUGUGGAAGUUGGGCCUAGGGAUGGAUUGCAAAAUGAGAAGGCUAUUGUACCUACAGCUGUUAAGGUUGAAAUGAUUCAAAGAUUGGCAGCUUCUGGUUUGCAAGUGGUUGAAGCGACGAGCUUUGUCUCUCCAAAAUGGGUACCACAGCUGGCUGAUGCAAAGGACGUAAUCGAUGCUAUAAGUGAUAUACGGGGCGUGAGGCUUCCUGUGUUAACGCCAAACCUCAAAGGUUUUGAAGCUGCAAUUGCUGCAGGCGCAAAGGAAGUUGCAAUAUUUGCUUCAGCAUCUGAAGCAUUUUCCAAGUCUAAUAUCAAUUGCAGUAUUGAAGAUAGUCUCUCACGGUUCUGUGAUGUCACUGAUGCUGCCAAGAAGCUCUCAAUCCCUGUUCGAGGGUAUGUAUCGUGUGUUGCGGGAUGUCCUGUUGAAGGAUACGUACCUCCAUCCAAAGUAGCUUACGUGGCGAAGGAGCUUUAUGAUAUGGGUUGUUUUGAGAUCUCUCUUGGUGACACCAUUGGAGUUGGCACCCCUGGGUCCAUUAUACCGAUGCUUGAAGCUGUGAUGGCGGUUGUCCCUGUGGAGAAGCUCGCUGUGCAUUUCCAUGAUACUUAUGGACAGUCUUUGGCGAAUAUCUUGGUCUCUCUUCAGAUGGGAAUAAGUGUUGUGGAUUCUUCUAUCUCUGGACUUGGUGGUUGUCCUUAUGCAAAGGGUGCCUCAGGUAAUGUGGCCACUGAAGAUGUUGUGUAUUUGCUACAUGGACUUGGGGUAAAAACCAAUGUGGAUUUGGGCAAACUCAUCUCAGCUGGUGAAUAUAUUUGCAACCACUUAGGGCGCCACUCCGGUUCCAAGGCUGCUGUUGCCUUGGCCAAGGUCACUGCUGAUGCUUCCAAAAUUUGAGAGAGAGAGAGAGAGAGAGAGAGAGAGAGAGAGAG